AUGUUUCAAAAACUUUUAAAAAACAUCGGAAUUACGAAUUUAAUUCGAAAAAAAGCUACAGAACCUGAAUUGUUUUUUCCUCUCUCGAAAUCUCCUGUAAAAGCACUUCGAUCACGAGCAGAGCAUAUUCAACGGGUUUAUAAGUGCCCAAUAUCAGGAAAACAAGUUUCUUUUGAUUGCCCAGAGUCAGGAUUUCCUUCGCACUGCAGUAAAGCCCAUUGGGAGCAAGACGAAACCCAUCAGGCCUUAAUCCCUAAAUUACGCCAAAUUAAUGAAGAUUUUCACGAUUUAGCUAGACCAAACUCCUUUCCUCAGCUUGCGAAUCUUCCUGGAUUAGCUGAGAAGGACGUUGCUAUUGCUCUUUGGUCUUGGGAUUCUUACUUUUACACUAGAGGCUUCCCCAGCAUUGGGAAUGAACGGACAUCACGACACCUAACCAGUUUGCUAACCUAUCCUAUGACUAUUGGUGGUAUCUUACACAAGAACUCACCAUACAAUCUUAAGAAUGGAUUGACACCUCAAGGAUUACAAGCCUUAGCCGUUCAAAGAUACAUGCUGAAUCGCCCUACCUCAGCCCAAUCCACCGAUCCCCGCCCAACAAGGAUUUUUAUUCUUGGCUCCAGAUUUGAGAGUGCCUUGCCUCCUGCACUAUGGCUUCAGGGUAUCAAUUUCUUAUUUCCAGGCCGUUUGUUCCAACUUCAUUUUGUCGGACCUGAACUUGUCAAGCCCACAAAAAUGAGUAAUCUUCCUUCUCCUCUCUCACUUCAUUUUCACCAAGACUAUUAUCAUAAUUUGCAUAAGACAGGAACUUUUGAACCCUUCGAUCCUUACUAUGAUACUUUCUUUCUUCCUAUGCCCGACUUUGCAAAUCCCGAAUUUUACAGCUCCUGGGUCCCAACGUUGCAUGAUUUGAUUUCUACAAAAUGUGCCGUUUGGGUUACCAGUCCUUCAACUGCUCAAACGAAACGGGAUACAAGUAUAUUACAGGAUGUACUUAAGGAUUCCUUUGAAACGCUUCUUUCACCCCAGCAGAACAUUUUUGCUAGUCGUGCUUGGACCGUGAAUGAUGACAAUCUUCACAAUGUAUUUCAUGUAAACGAUGAAAUAUACGGCUUUCGUUCUCUCCAUCACAAUGUUCAAAACGUUUAA